GCCGGAAGUCCCGCGGCCCUGCUUCCGCGCAGUCCUGCCCUACAGCGCCGCGGAGGAGAGGAUCUGCUUCCGGCCCCGGGUGGGCGCGGGUUGGGCUCGCCGAGCGCUCCGGAGCGCUGUCCAGGGAGCGUCGUUCCCCCGGACACUGGCGCGGGAAGCUUGGGCAGCGGCCGCGCCGGGAGAGUGCAGGUCCAGGCGCGAGGCUCGUGCAGGGCCAUGAACGGGACCGCGAACCCGCUGCUGGACCGCGAGGAGCACUGUUUGCGGCUCGGGGAGAGCUUCGAGAAGCGGCCGCGGGCCUCUUUCCACACCAUUCGCUAUGACUUUAAGCCAGCAUCUAUAGAUACUUCUUGUGAAGGAGAACUUCAGGUUGGCAAAGGAGAUGAAGUCACAAUUACACUGCCACAUAUCCCUGGAUCUACACCACCAAUGACUGUGUUCAAGGGGAACAAACGGCCUUAUCAGAAAGACUGUGUACUUAUCAUUAAUCAUGACACUGGUGAAUAUGUGCUGGAGAAACUCAGUAGCAGCAUUCAGGUCAAGAAAACAAGAGCUGAGGGGAGCAGUAAAAUCCAAGCUCGAAUGGAACAGCAGCCUCCUCGCCCCCCACAGCCAUCACAGCCACCACCACCUCCACCACCUAUGCCAUUCAGAGCUCCAACAAAGCCUCCAGUUGGACCCAAAACUUCUCCCUUGAAAGAUAACCCCUCACCUGAGCCCCAGCUGGAUGACAUCAAAAGAGAGCUGAGGGCCGAGGUUGACAUUAUUGAACAGAUGAGCAGCAGCAGUGGGAGCAGUUCCUCAGACUCCGAGAGCUCGUCAGGAAGUGAUGACGACAGCUCCAGCAGUGGGGGUGAGGACAAUGGCCCAGCGUCCCCUCCGCAGCCCGCACACCAGCAGCCCUACAACAGCAGGCCGGCUGUGGCCAACGGAACCAGCCAGCCGCAAGGAAGCAACCAGCUCAUGAACACACUCAGUGCCCUUCUUCCUCCCUUCUGCCCAAGUUGUAGCAACCCAGAAUGUCUCAAGACAUUGCCAGAUGCCCUCUGGGGGACAAAACCACCCCCACUGGAGAAACACUACUCAAGGCCCUGCUCUUCUCGUUGAGAAAUGACUUGCAGUUGAGUGAGUCUGGCAGUGACAGUGAUGACUAGAGUCGAUCUUUCGAAAUCAGCUUCUCGUGCACAGAUGUGCUGCUGGACCGGGCUGCGCACGCACGGAGCCCCGUGCUGAGAGGGACACGCUGUGGAUCAGUGACUGUGUAGGAGUUUGAGGCUCUGGAGGUCUCAGAUAUUCAAGUCUUUAAUUUAGUGGUGAUGGGUGAUUUUCUUGUGUAAUUUUUGAACAAUCUCGUGUUGCAAAGUAGAACUGUGGAAGAACUAACAGAAUUAUAUUUCUAUUUGGUUAACACUGUUCAUGUGCAGCAGACCAGUGUGCCCUGGUCUAGGUUACUCAAAGGCUGUGAUCUUUACCAGGCCAGUGAUUCCGUUUUAAACCUCAGCAGCCACCAGUUUGGCCAAGUGGUCUGCACUAAUGAAAUGAAACCUGGUCUUUGAGGGGUAGGAGAGAGAGGGAAACCUCACACUGCAGCAUAGAAGUAUGUUAAAACCACUUUACACUGUUGACACAAAGUGGUAAGGAAGUUUCAUCGGGUGCAACCUGAUAAGCCUGUGUAGAAAUGGACUUCAGGAGAGAGCCCUAGAGCGUCUGCCGGGCAGGACCCUGGAGCUCUGCUAGUUCAACCCCUCAUUUACAAAUAAGGAAAGAGAAGCCCACGGCUGGCUGAUGGCCGGUCUCCUGCCCCCAGUCCAGGCUUUCCCUGCUGCUCCCUCCCUUGAAUCUCAUUUAAUGGAACUGGAGAUUCUUAGACAUGGCACUGAUAGUUGUACAUCGGAGCUUUUAUUGGAUUCCAAAAAAUGAAAGUGUUGGGUACCUCUGACUCAGAUUCUGAUCCAGAAAGUCCCUAAAUCCAUGAGGCUGGGUGAGCAGAUUAAACCAGCAGCCACUGUGCUGACACUUGAGAGGCAGUCCGGUGGGGGCUUCUAGUUCCAUGUAGAUCCGUGCUAAGGCUUCUUCAUUCGGUGCAUUUUAGUAGGGGGAGGUAGGAAUGGAAAAGAGGUGUAGUGAAGGAACCUUUCCGAACAAAAGAACCAGCAGCACGUUUUCAAAAACCAGAAUCUAGAUAGGAAGCAAUUCUGCAAUAUGAACUGAGCACAUUCUUUGAGAAAGCAUUUCCGUUCAUGCUUUUCUACCACUGUUUGUACCUGACUCCCAGACCAAUUUGUAUUUUUGAUACACACCUAGAAGAAAGUCACAGGAUUGCCUUUUUGCAGUGUGCAGUUUCCAAAUGAAUCUGUUACAGGAAACUGGUCACUAGUAAAUGUUCCAUAUUGACUGAAUGUGUGAUAAAUCGUCCCGUGAUGAGUAUGGAGUAGCCCAUUUCUGUAAUUUGAAUGAGUACAAUUUGAAGAGAAAUUUCCUGAGAAAUUUCCAUUUACUUUGGUUCAGUGGGUAUCGAGAACAUUAAAAAUGAUUUUCCUUCCUUGGGUUCCUCUACUCAAAGACGGCCUCUGCUUCCCCCGCUGCGGGUGGAAGCAGUCUGGACCUAGAAAGGAAUUAGAUGAUUCACGGUGGGGGCUUUGGUGGGAGUUGCACCUUAUAAAGUCACCCGUCUGAUGCACACAGGGGCUCCGGUGAGCUGGCGAGGUGGGCCCAGUGCCUUCAUCCGGCGGCACACUCACACCACCCACCAAGUAUAGAUAAUAGGGUGACAUGCUAGUACUCUGGGGGCGGUUCUCAGCCCGUCAUGAGGUUUCAGUGCGUUUCAUGGCAGGUAGGAAUUUAUUUAUAAUGAAUUAAUAAUUGUUUUGUAAUGCCUUGGUAAUGACAGCUCAGGGAAGGUGAAGGUCAUGAUUGGGAGACUUGACUUGUUACUGGAUAUGGGAAUUGUUUCACAGCUCUUAACUUGCUCAACCUGGGGCAGGUUCCAGGAACUUGAACUAAAAAUAUCUAUUUAAACCUCUCUUUUUUUUCCCCUCCCAAAGUCUUGAUUUAUACAGACAGAGCUGUGGUUUUUGGCAUGUCGGGUCAAGAUGUUUGUUUCUAUAGGAAAUGCUUGCAUGUGGCACUGGUUGGUGAGUCGGGCUCUCUGGGCUUCAGACCUGUUCCUCCAUCACCCAUCCUACCUGACACUGCAUGGUUAUCCUCUAG